CGUGAAGUGGUAAAAACGAUGAGCACAGAGGGUCAUUUUCGGAAAGUCGUGUACUCAGCUCAGUUCAGUCAAUCUUCUUCUCGGGGUGAAACAAGGCAAGCGGAAAAGCAGCAGGAAGUCGUAAUGUUUCUCCGGUGAAGCGGAGGGUCCGCCAUCUUCUUCACUGCCCAGAGCACCACCACAGGGAAGGCGAAUAGAAAAGAAAUGCUCUCCUAGUCGCUACCCAGUUAUCAUCAGGCUUUGCUCAGCUGCAUUUUCUUUCGACGAUUUUCAAAAUGGCUCGAAUUCUGAGCUUUGUAUGGAUAUCAAUUAUGAUACUGAGUCUGUUCACAACUCAGUCACAGUCUGCGUCUCAGGCAUAUCGGAGAGAUCCUGGUCACCCUCAAUGGCACCAUGGAGCUUUUCAAGACGUCAAAGAUAGUGUCCGAUCCGAAGUUCGUCAAAUGCUCCACUCUCGCGCGGAGGUCCCAUUUCAAGUUCCUCUUGAAGUGAAUAUAGUUCUUAUUGGCUUUAACGGUGAUGGAGGCUACCGAUAUACUAUAGAUUCUCAAAAGUUGGAGGAGCUUCUUAGAGUCAGUUUCCCAACACACCGACUCUCAUGUUUAGAGACAGGGCAGCCACUUGACAUCGAGCAUCACAUUAUUUAUAAUGCAUUCCCGAUUGGCCAACCUGAAUUAAUAUCUCUGGAGAUUGCAUUGAAAAAAGCUAUGUUUCCCGCUGGUAAAACUAGAGAGACUGAUUUUGGAAGGGAAGUUCCUUUGUUUGAGGUUGACGCGACUACUGUAGAACCAGAAUUUCAAAAGCUAUACUCAUAUCUUUUUGAUAUUGACAAUGGAGUACAUUAUGGGGAGGGGAUGGACAAACCUUGGCCAACUACAGUUUUUAUUGUCAAUUUUGAUAAGGUUAGGUUGGACCCUAGGAAUAAAGAUAUCGACCUUGAAAGUUUAAAGUACAGUAGAAUUUCACAACUGAAUGACGAAGAGUUGGAAAAACAAGAAGCCGACUACAUAUAUCGCUAUCGCUAUAACGGUGGUGGUGCUUCUCAAGUAUGGCUGGGCUCUGGCAGGUAUGUUGUGAUUGACCUCUCAGCAGGUCCCUGUACUUACGGAAAGAUUGAAACGGAAGAAGGAAGCAUAAGCCCCAGGUCACUACCUAGGUUGCGAAGUGUAGCUUUGCGUAAAGCUGCUAGUACAGUUGGUGAGCAUUAUGCUCAUGAUGUUUUUGUUGGCCAGCUUGCAUCUCUAAUUGUUACUACGACGGAACAUGUUAUUGCUCCAGAUGUUAGAUAUGAAACAGUUGACAUGACAACAAGGUUGCUUGUUCCAAUCAUUGUCCUCCAUAAUCAUAACCGUUACAACAUCAUGGAGAAAGGCCACAAUUACAGUAUUGAUGUUAGUGCUAUCGAGAAUGAGGUUAAGAAACUUGUUCAUCAGGGGCAGGAAGUUGUGAUUGUUGGUGGUUCACAUGCGUUACAUCACCAUGAGAAGUUGGCUAUUGCUGUAUCUAAAGCAAUGCGUGGCCACUCACUUCAAGAAACCAAGAAAGAUGGGCGUUUUCAUGUUCACACAAAAAUGCAUCUAGAUGGUGCUAUCCUUAAAGAGGAGAUGGAGCGAUCUGCAGAUGUGCUUGCUGCUGGUUUACUUGAGGUUGCUAAUCCAUCACUCUCACAUCAAUUUUUCCUCCGCCAGAAUUGGAUGGAUCAAAAUGAUGGCACAGGUGAUCCCAUAUUGAAACAUAAACCUCUUUGGGCCACUUAUGGCCAAGGACAUGGAAAGCAGAACCAGAGGAAGAAGAAAGAAUUGAAAAAGAAACCGGGGAAUCUCUACAGGACCUAUGGCACUAGAGUUAUUCCAGUUUUUGUUCUAUCAUUAGCUGAUGUGGAUGAACAUCUUAUGAUGGAAGAUGAAAGUCUUGUCUGGACCAGCAAAGAUGUAGUUAUUGUACUCCAGCAUCCUAAUGAUAAAAUUCCUUUGAGCUAUGUCUCAGAACUUGAGAGAAGGCAUGCUAAUCCAUGGCAAGUAGACCGUCAUAUAGUUGCAGGGGUGGCAUCUGUUAUUGGUGGUUUGAGUGCCCCAUAUGAGAAGGCUUCUCAUGCCCACGAGAGGCCUGUUGUAAACUGGUUAUGGGCAACUGGUUGCCAUCCCUUUGGACCAUUCUCUAAUACUUCUCGUAUCAGUGAAUUACUUCAAGACAUUGCAUUGAGGAACACAAUAUAUGCACGUGUUGAUGCAGCCCUACGCCGAAUCCGUGAGACAUCCCAGCUUGUUCAAAAUUUUGCAUCAGAACAUCUGAGAACUCCACUCGGUGAACCUGUGAAGGGUAAAAAGAACAAAACAAGCACUGAAUUGUGGGUGGAAAAGUUCUAUAAGAAAACAACCUCAUUGCCCGAACCGUUCCCACAUGAGUUGGUUGAACGACUAGAGAAAUACUUGGAUAGCUUGGAGGAGCAGCUUGUGGAUUUGUCUUCCCUGUUGUAUGACCAUCGACUACAAGAAGCAAACGUUAACAGCAGCCAGAUUUUCCAAAGCUCGAUUUUCACACAUCAGUACGUGGAGCAUGUACUGGCAACUGAAAGGGAAAAGAUGAAAUGCUGUAGGAUAGAGUACAAGGUUCCUGUGCAGUCUUCUCAAAAUCUGAUAUAUGCCGGAAUUCUUUUAGCUGGGUUUUUUGUAUACUUCGUUGUAAUUUUUUUCUCUUCCCCUGUACGCUGAAAUAGAUAGAAUAGGAUACGACUUACUUUUAUUAUAUUAUAAUAUAAAUAGGGUUGAUUGAAAUAGGUAAACCUGAAUGUGCAAAGAAACAAUAUGGUUUUCUUGACCUGAAAUCACAUGCUUGGACCUUGGUGAACUCCACUUUAUAUCGAGUGUUUGUCACUACAGGUGACAGGUACUUUUAGAGUUCCUAACUUUGUAAGAAGAUUUAGAGGCCGUUUAAUAGUUAUGGAAUUGGC